CCUCCAGGACGAGAGAACAGCGGCCAGUGUGUGCGCUAGCCUGCGUGGGGACCAAGUGGGUGUUCAUGUUCGUCUGAUGCCAUUAGGCAGAACGGGAGGCUCGGCUAACGGUGGACGCGUGGAUGGGAAGCCAGAUAACAACGGUGCAAUUUUAACGGACGCUUUUGGAUCUUUAACGUCGCUUUUUUGUUUGUCCCCCCACUCCGAGAGAAGAACAGGGAGGGAGGCUGGUCGGCUAAACAAAACAGAGGGAGUACCAGAUGCUGUUCCAGCGGAGCCCCAAUAAGCGCAAGACGGUGAUGGGCUCUCCUUUUCCCGACGGCUAACAUUAGACUUGGGCAAAAAAAACACGCGUGGCUUCUUCUAAUCCUGAAUUGUGUGUGUGAAAUGCUAGCCCAGUCUUGGUCUCGGCCGUCGAGCAGCCUACGGGCCGCAGCUCGGCUCACUGAGCCCGAAUCUGGGAAGUAGCUAGCCGCCUGCUAGCCACAACUGCUGUGACCGAUGCUGCUGCCGCUGUUAAACGCAUCCAGAGGACAACAAAAGAGGUCGCCGUGAGAGCUUAUUGUUUGACCUUACUCGCUGCCAUUUGAGAUGUGAUGCUUCGGUGUGUGGCGUCUGUGUAGCUGCAAGCUCUCUGGAGCUAACAACAUUGUUGCAAAAUGCACAGUGGAAGCACAACACGGGUCUCCCGCUGAGAGUAGGGGGGCGAGGUUAGACUGACAACAGCCGGCCCACUGUCCCCCUCAUCGCGGGGUCAGAUUUGAGUUCCCUCUCCAUCUCACCCCACGUCCUCCAUAGCCUCAUUGGAUGAAGAAGAUAUGGAUAAACUGACCAUCAUUUCAGGGUGCCUCUUUCUGGCAGCUGAUAUCUUUGCAAUAGCCAGCAUUGCAAACCCAGACUGGAUCAACACUGGCGAAUCAGCAGGUGCUCUUACAGUUGGUCUAGUCCGUCAAUGUCAGACCAUCCAUGGACGAGACCGGACCUGCAUCCCUCCGCGGCUGCCUCCUGAGUGGGUCACCACGCUUUUCUUCAUCAUCAUGGGCAUCAUCUCCCUCACUGUCACCUGUGGACUCCUCGUGGCAUCGCACUGGCGCCGAGAGGCCACCAAAUACGCCCGCUGGAUUGCCUUUACUGGCAUGAUCCUGUUCUGCAUGGCGGCGCUCAUCUUCCCAAUAGGCUUCUACAUAAACGAGGUGGGAGGUCAACCGUAUAAGCUGCCCAACAACACGGUGGUGGGCUCCUCCUAUGUGCUCUUCGUCCUCUCCAUCUUCUUCACGAUAGUGGGACUGCUGUUUGCAGGCAAGGUUUGCCUCCCGGGCUGAGGUUCUUGACGGGUGCCCGCCUCUGGACAAAAGACCCAUGAGGCCCUUGACAAAAAAAAGGGGAUUUUACAGAUAACGACUGAAAAUCUUAGGAUGACAAAUUUGGGCGAGUUUCUGGGACCUAAUGACGUAUUGAACUGCUAAGAUGAAAAUACAUCACAAUACAAAGAAGUGGGCAUAAGAAGGGCGAGGAAGAGUCUAGGAUGGGGGGGCAUGUCCCAGCACCCUGUCCCACUGUUCAUUUGAAAUAUGGACUUCUCUGUGGGUUCUCUGUGCUGCUGUCAUGGCAACUGCAGGGAUAAUACUGGCACACAGUUGUCGAGGACCACUAAAGCCCUCAAAUACCUGCUGACGCCCGCCCUGCCCCACCCGUGGCACACACAGUCACCAACCGCCCUUGUUGCUAUUUUUGGGCCUCUUUGCUAUUUCAGUUGUGUGUUGUUUUCUUUCUGUUGUUGUACAUUUUUUGUGUUCACCUUUCCACAGAAGUAUUUUGAGUGUAAAUGAAUGAAAGCGGGGCCGCUGCUCGCCUGUCACAUCGUAUGACCUCAAGUGUGUGUGUGCGUGCGCGGUGGGGGGGAUGAGCAGCUUCGGAUGUGAGGAAGGUGCGUGGGUGGUGGCCAGCUGUGGAGGUGAGCACUCUGAGGUCACACACACACACACACGCGCGCACACACACACAUACACACACACAGAGGAGAAUGCCACUGAAUGCAACCGCUUGUAUGUGAGUCAUUUCAAAGGUUCCAUAUUAUGCAGUUUUUCAACUAAAUUAAAUAAGUCCAACAAUAGUGUGUUGGAAGUGUAUUGUUCCCCAUAAUUUAUUCUUGAUUCUGGAAUUUUGAAUGUUUAAAUGUGCUUUUAGUAAGCCCUACUGAGAACACACCGUUUUGUGUGUCUGUAAUUUUAAUGCUAAUGAGCUAUGUUUGUUCACGCCUGCCUCUGACAUUUUUGAUUUGCACUGUAACUCUGCCCUUGUGCACCUUAACAUAAAGGAGUGGGAGAGGACACAUACGUUAGCUACAAUAGCAUAGCAAGGGGAGCUACAGUGGUAUAACAUUACAGUCACAACGCUAGGCUUUAAGAUGUGUAGCGAAGCCUUUUUUCUCCUUUUUUUUUUUUUUUUUU